AUGUUCAACACCCUCAAGAGCCUCGUCACGAGCGAGAAGCUUCCCGAGACUGUCAAGUCCAAGUCGUUCUAUGACCUCAAGGCGACGCUGCCGGGCAAGGACCGCGUCCUGGACUUUUCCACGUUCAAGGGUGACGUCGUCCUGAUCGUCAACACCGCCUCCAAGUGCGGCUUCACGCCCCAGUUCACCGGCCUCGAGAAGUUGUACAAGGACUACAAGGAGCAGGGCUUUGAGGUUAUCGGUUUCCCUUCGAACGAGUUCUUGUCCCAGGACCCAGGAACCGACGACGAGAUUGCUCAGUUCUGCCAGGUCAACCACGGCGUGACGUUCCCGCUGGCUAAGAAGUCUGAGGUCAACGGCAGCAACAUGAACGAGGUGUUCGCGUGGCUCAAGGCGCAGCCCGGACAGAGCACGAUCGGAUCCACCGCCAUCAAGUGGAACUUUACCAAGUUCCUGGUCGACCGCAACGGCAAGGUUGCCGGGCGCUUCUCGCCCUCGACGACGCCCUCGCAGAUGAAGUCUGAGAUCGAGAAGCUGCUCGCCCAGCCCCGCCCCUCGUCGCUGUAAUGACUCGAGUGACCCAAAUAUGUUUAUAGAGAGUGGCAGUUUAGAGUGGUUACUGUGUUGAUUUAAUGUCGUGCGGAUGCGACGGCGCAUCUUAUCU